AUGGUCUUUGAUUCGGAACUUCCAACCCAUUUUACUGUAUGGCAGGUUAACGAUGAUGGCCACGCAGGCAUCGCCGGUUCAGAUGACUCUAGUGCUGAGGAUGGCGCGACCUACGUUGGCAGUAUGGGAAGUACUAGCAAACGCUCCAUAGCCCAAGGAAUCCAUGCCUCGAUCGACUACAAUGACAAGCCAGAUCAGUCGGAGGAUGACAGUAAUGGGGACUCAGACGCUAGCUACGAUGCCGAUUUUUGGACCGAGGAAGAAUAUGUUGAAGCCACCAAGGAAAUUCAGAAGAUUUGCAAAAACUCGAAGCAUGUUUCGCAGUUUUUGCGGUUUGGUGGCGCUGGUUAUAAACUCAGUGUCUCUCACCAAUUCGAGAGCAGUUCUGAAGUAGCUCGCUGCGCAGUUCAACCUGGUAAUAUUGAUGGUCUGAAAAAGAUCGUGAAAGUCUUCAAGACAUAUGAUAAAGUGAAAUUUGCGGUCAAAGGGGGUGGACAUUCCACCAAUCCUGGCUUCAGCUCCACUACAGGGAUUCAGAUCUCCAUGGCCAACUUCAACGAACUCGAAUAUAACAGCAAAACCCAGAAUCUACGCAUUGGAGCGGGAUGCCUCUUCGAUGAGGUCUACAAGGAAAUAGCCCAGUAUAAGCGAAACGUCGUCGGUGGGGCAACCGCUGCUGGUGUCGGAGUGGCUGGUUGGCUACUGGGUGGUGGUUACUCUCUCUUGACCAACCAGUACGGUCUUGGAAUAGACAAUCUAGUUGAAGCUGAAGUCGUCUUGUGCAACGGAAAAUCAGUGAAGGCAUCCGCUGAACGCAACAGUGACCUUUUCUUUGCUAUCAGAGGGGGUGGGAACAACUUCGGCAUUGUUACUUCAUUCACUGUCAAAACCUAUCCUCUAGGGCCUAUAUAUCGGAACAUGUUGACGUUUCCAAUAGAUAAGGCCACAAAGGUGAAGGAGGCAAUUAUGAACCACAUUGAUAAGUGCAAAGACAAGAAGGCAGCGAUCGUUGCUGCAUACAGACAUUUCUGCAUCCGCGGAGAGCAAGAGCACAAGAUCACUGUUGACCUUUUCUAUGAUGGGCCGCUUCCUUCCGACAAUCCUUUUGAGGAGCUCCUCGAAAUCUCUGACGAAAAAUGGAUUGAUCACGAGUUCCAGGACGGAGUGGACAAAAAGCUUUCUGAAAACUUUGCAUUCAUGGACCAACUUUUUUCCCAUAUUCAUAAUCCCUCCCGUAUCACUGCAGCGCCGUUGCAUUGUCCAGUUUAUGGGACGCGGCUCUCUCUACAAACAUACGCAAAGAAUCCCCCUAGAGCCGGUGUCGGGGAAGAGAAUGUUAGGGUGCGUUGGGGGACCGUGAUGGUUUCGCACUUUACCCGAAAGCUCUUAGAUGAGAUAGAGGACCAAUCGAAGCUCGCUGCCAGCAAGAUGAAGGACAACCAGGGAAAGACAGCCGUCAUUGAUAUUUGGCCAUUCCUACCGUCCAUGUUUGACACAAGUACUUCCGCCGCCUGGCCGCACAAGAAAGGCCAGCCGAAUGGGCCAUUGCUCGUUUGCUUCCAAUGGGAAGGAGAGAGCAACGAUAUGUACUGGAUCGGGCUUAUGAUGCAGAUCCUGCAGUCUAUUCAAAAGGUGGCAGAGGCAGAGGGGUGCACUAAUGACAACUUGCCAAAAUAUUGCAACACCUCGCUCGCCGAUACUCCAGUCAAGGACAUCUACAAGAAAAAUUUGUCAAAGCUUAUGACAAUCCGUGCAAAGUACGAUCCUGACGACAUGAUGGGGAGAACUGGCGGGUUUAGGAUUCCUUUGGCGUCGCAGUGA